CAAGAAGCUGGGACGAAGGAACGUGGGUGUAAAUAGACAGUGAACGCUCUUGGUCUCUCUCUCUCUCUCUCUUCUCUCUCCCUCCUCCUUCUCCUUACCACUCUCUCUCUCUCUUUUCUCUCUCUUUUUUAUGAAAUCAAUGAACGAGUUAUUGGGUAGGACAUAAAUAUAAGGAAUCAAAGCCUCCACCGGGACCAACGACAUUGCGCGCUUUUGAUAUGUGUCUUCGCCAAAAGCUACAUGUGUUUUCAAAUCAUUGUAAAUUCUGGCUUUGAUAGGACGACAACGGAAUCAUCCCUGGCACGGCUUGGUCUCGGAACCAAAUUUUGACCCAGACUCCCACCAGAUUUUUUUCUUUUCUUUUCUUUUUUCUUUUCUUUUCUGGCUUUGAACGUAAAACGAUUCUCCACCAUCACCAUCUGCUGCUGUUGCACCCAUCCCAACUCACUGGCCGGUCUGAAGAUGGCAACUUUAACCAAUGGCCAGGUGGACGGCACGGUGCACGGCGUCGGAGUCGUGUCCGCCAGCACGAACGGGCUCGUGAACGGAUUAAACCACAGCCACAGCCCGGCGGGAUGCCCGGCGACCAUACCCAUGAAGGACCACGAUGCCAUCAAACUCUUCAUUGGUCAGAUCCCCCGCAACCUGGACGAGAAAGACCUCCGGCCCCUCUUCGAGGAGUUCGGCAAGAUCUACGAGCUCACUGUGCUCAAAGACCGCUUCACGGGCAUGCACAAAGGCUGUGCCUUCCUCACCUACUGUGCCAGAGAGUCAGCCCUGAAAGCCCAGAAUGCAUUGCAUGAGCAGAAGACCCUGCCAGGGAUGAACAGACCAAUCCAGGUGAAGCCAGCAGACAGUGAGAGUCGAGGAGAAGACAGAAAGCUCUUUGUGGGCAUGCUCAACAAGCAACAGUCUGAAGAUGAUGUGCGGCGCCUUUUUGAGUCCUUCGGCAGUAUCGAAGAAUGCACCAUCCUCAGAGGUCCCGAUGGAAACAGCAAAGGCUGUGCAUUUGUAAAAUACUCCUCUCACGCUGAAGCUCAGGCGGCCAUCGGUGCACUACACGGCAGCCAGACGAUGCCUGGUGCCUCAUCCAGUCUGGUGGUGAAGUUCGCUGACACGGAUAAGGAGCGCACCAUCCGCCGCAUGCAGCAGAUGGCUGGUCAGAUGGGCAUCUUCAACCCUAUGGCCCUGCAGUUUGGAGCCUACGGAGCCUACGCUCAGGUGCAGCAGCAGGCAGCAUUGAUGGCAUCUGUAGGCCAAGGAGGCUACCUCAGUCCUAUGGCAGCCUUUGCUGCUGCCCAAAUGCAGCACAUGGCCACCAUCAAUGGCCUCCCAGGAGCACCGCUGACCCCGACGUCAGGUGGCAGCACUCCCCCAGGCAUCAGUGCCCCCACAGUGACCAGCAUCCCCUCUCCCAUCAGCGUAAAUGGUUUUACUAGCAUGCCACCUCCCCAGGCGAAUGGGCAGCCACCUGCAGAAGCUGUCUUCACCAAUGGGAUACAUCAUUACCCGGUGUUGCAGGAGGUGGUUUUUAGGGAGGACUCAGAGAAAAACGGCUUGGGCGUGGCUCCGAGGAGUUGUUUUGGGGUUCAGGGUGGCUGCUUCCUGUCUUCUCUCUCUGAAGCAGCUCAAAGUCCCACUGCAGCUGAUCCUCUCCAGCAGGCUUACACGGGAGUCCAGCAGUACGCAGCAGCCUACCCCGCUGCAUACGGUCAGAUCAGCCAAGCUUUCCCCCACCCUCCACCCAUCAUUCCACAGCAGCAACGAGAAGGACCAGAGGGUUGCAACCUGUUCAUCUACCACCUCCCUCAAGAGUUUGGGGAUGGAGAGCUGAUGCAGAUGUUCCUGCCUUUCGGUAAUGUCAUCUCCUCCAAAGUGUUUGUGGAUCGGGCGACAAACCAAAGUAAAUGCUUUGGGUUUGUGAGCUUCGAUAACCCAGGUAGUGCCCAGGCUGCCAUCCAAUCCAUGAAUGGCUUUCAGAUCGGCAUGAAAAGACUCAAGGUUCAGCUCAAGAGGCCAAAGGAUGCCAACCGCCCCUACUAGCCCCCGCCCCAGCCUGCCGCCGCCAUCCUGGUGGACGGGGCACCCAUCCUGCACAGGGAAAGACAGGUUUUGUUGAGCUGAACCAUAUGUUGACCACUUGCUACCCACCACUGAGUGCAAACUCAACAUCUGGACCACUGAGGCUGCUUCAGAAAAAGAAGUAAGGAGAGAGAGAGAGAGAGUGAUGAUCGAGUCACAGAUGCCUCCUUUUGGAUGUACUUGGAUAAACUUUGGAACUCAAAGAGCAUUUGUACCAGCCUGGUUAGCGCCUGGACUUCUUUUCUCCUGCACACUUAUAAACACCUCCUUCCCCACAAAAAAAAAGAAAAAAAAAAACAAAAAAGAAAGAAAAAGAAAAAAACCCUGCUUGAAUGACAGCUACCUUUUUCUGGACCACGAAAACUUUUACUUGAAAACUGAGGGCGGGGGGGUAAAAGGUACUAUAUCAAACCUACUUACAAUGACCAACCCACCUGAACUCUCUAAGGGAAUACGGAUGUCAAAAGUCCAUCAAGAACAAAACAAAACUUUUUAAAAACUAACAGCGGAUUGCCGUAGGAGAUCUUAAUGUGAGAUGUGGAGUUUUUGGACAUUUGACUUUUGAAGACCAAUUUAUAAGACUUUAAACAAGGAGGGACAAAUUUUUGGAAAGAAAACUGAAGUAGGGAAUGUGAUAUUUUCAGGACACAAAUUGGCUUACAUUCGGGAUGGCCAUCUUUAGCUCGGAGUGCCUGUCCGUUUCCAGGGGAUACCGUUGCUGAGGAGAGCCAUAGCAACGGUCUCCAGGGAGUCUUAUCUGUCAUUCCUUAGUUGUUUUAGGGACCAAAAGACCAAACAUUUUUAUUGCUGAGGACUUGUAGCUCUAAUAUACUCGGACCACUGCAUCUUUUCCAGUCAGAGUUAAUUGGUUGGGGAGUUGCACUUAAAAGAAGUGUACAUUUCAAAUAUAUACAACACAUGUAUAUAUAUACAUAUAUAUUGCUGAUAUGCUUUUUGAAUACAGGCAAAACUAUUUCAGAUGACCAAAUGUGGUCUCUCACUUCGCUAGUUUACAAUUACUCAAAAUGUUUAUUUUUUUUCCCUUUUCAUUUUGUCUCGGGAGGGAUGGCGAGUGCAUGGGAGGGGCUGCUCCGUAUCACAGCCUUAUCUUUUUUAACUUGACAUCCUAACCUCAUAGAUAGAAUAACAUCAAAAAUGUUUGAAAUAUAUGAACUUGUUUAUAUUUGCAGUACAUAUAUAUGUAUAACAAGCAUUCAAGCAAAUGUAUUCAUAUAUACAGUAUAUAUG